AUGGGAGGCUGCAUAGGAAUAACUAGAAGUGGUAGCGGGCCUAUAGAGGAGUCUUCAGCUACUGUGUCUCGGCCUAAUUCAGGCGGGCUGAGGAAGAAUCAGUCGUUGUGCCACGAGACCAUAAGAUGGAAAUCGGAUGUGCCAUUGACAGAAGGACAGUUACGUAGCAAAAGAGAUGAGUUUUGGGACACAGCGCCGGCGUUCGAAGGACGCAAGGAGAUUUGGGACGCGCUCCGGGCGGCCGCCGUUGCUGCAGAGGCGAUGGACUUCCAGCUCGCACAGGCAAUACUUGACGGCGCCAGUGUUUCAGUGCCCAAUGGCUACCUCACUGAGUGCUAUGAUGAAUGGGGCACAAGAUAUCAGGUUCCAAUAUACUGUUUGUCGCCACCCAUUAAUAUGGUGAAGGAAGCAAGUGGCAGGGAUUCUCCAGCAGAGUGGUCUGAGCCAGUGGAGGGUGGUACGGAGGUGUCUCUCCGUCUGCGGCUCUCCAACACUUGCAAAGACGUGGACCUGGCUGUCUACUCCCGACACACUAUAUCACAGUGCAAAAAUAAAUUACAUGCUCAAGAGAACAUCGAGCCGUGGCGCCAACGCUGGUUCUACGGCGGCAAACUCCUCGGCGACCGACUGCUGGUGGAAGAAGCAAAGAUCACGCCCGGGUACGUCGUGCAGGUCAUAGUCAGCACCGACCCGCAGCCGCCGAGCUAG